AUUCAUCUGUCUUCUCUAAAUAUUUACAUAAAUUAAAAAAAAAAUAAAAAAAAUAAACUAUUCAUAUCAGCUGUUGUAUCUGAAUCGAUAACACAAAUCUGAAGUUGCUACCAGCAUGUUGCAGUAUCAGCAUCCUGACUUUGCAUUAUUCCUGCUUGGUGAACUUCAGAAGCAGCAGCAGGGAAGCAUCUUCUGCGACACACUAAUACAGACAGACGGUGUCUGUGUUCCAGCUCACAGUUGUGUGUUGGCUGCUCUAAGCCCCGUCCUCUCUAGAGUCCUUUCCACUUCCCCUGCUCCACAUGCAGGGCAGAACAGGCUUCUGAGCCUUGAGGCUGUCGGAUCUCGUGUCUUACUAAAGCUAGUUAAGUUCCUGUAUACGGGGGAAAUGGAGAUCAAGAGUCAGAGCGAAUAUGAGGAAGUAAUGGCUGCUGCCUUCAGACUUGGUCUUAAAAACCUUUUUGAAAAAAAGAGAGUGUGUGUAGAAAGAGGAGUUGCGGAUGUUGGGAGAUGUUGGAGAGAGAUCGGUGUACAGACGGAAGAUGUGAAUAGCCAGGAAGGUGAAAUCGUGUCUGAGCCAUUAAGGAUACAGAGCAGUGCUCAUCCAGUACGUUCAGUGCAACCUUGUGGCUUGUUGGAGUCUGAUUUGCCAUCAUUGUCAUUAUUUGAUGAAGCUAGUCCAAUUAGAGGUUUUAAUUGCACCAGUAAUGCCACUGUUCCUUCCCACGCUGUCGUGACAGAAGUAUCCCUAUCAAAUCAUCAUAAAACAAAGCCUAAGAAGAGGUGGGAAAUGGCAAAGAGAGAAAGCCAAUUAAAAAAAUUAACUCAGCAACAAAUAAACAUUUCAGGCAAAAACUUCCGGAAACUUUUAGAGGCAGAUAACAGGCAAAAAAGUGCUACUGCUGAACAAAAGGAGGCCAAAUUGGACCAGCUUAAAUUAAAGAUAAAACUGAGGAGGAGUGGAGCUUGCUGGGAAAGCAACCUCCUUGUUUCCGUUCAAGGUGAGAGCGAGAAGCAGCUAGAAGAAGUGAAAGAGCGUGGACUUCGAUCUCAGAGCUGCCCACCUGUACUUCCUGGUCAAGGUCUUGGAACUCUCACACCACCGACAGACCUGUCUGUAGCUUUAAUGGAUAUUUGUAGCUGCCCACCUGUACUUCCUGGUCAAGGUCUUGGAACUCUCACACCACCGACAGACCUGACUAUUUCACCGUCUAAUUCUUCCACGCAUGCCUCUUCAGAUAAAUGUCUUCAUACCCCACACCACAUUUCUGUCUCUUCCCCUUUGGAUAUACCAAAAUUAUCUUCAAGCCCACCCCAAGCAGAUGAAUCUGAUGAACAUAUUGCAAAGAUGUUGGACGAUAUGUUAAUGGGUUUAAACAUCCUGCCAUUGAUGCCAAUAGACAGAAAUCUGGAUGAGCAAGACCAGCUAGGUCUUCUUCAAGAUCCAAAAGGUCAGCAGAGGGCUCAAGGUGCUUGUCUUUAUGUACAAAGCUGCGAGCCAGAGAUGAAGGAAUCUGAUGUUAGCAAAAAGGCAGUACCAGUUGGGUCACCAGGACAAAGAGAUAAAGAUCACUCAGGCUUUCAAAAUCAGUCAAGAUCCAAUACAUUUGAGCUCCUGGCUCAGUCACCUGGACAGGACGACUUGAACAAUGAUAAGAAUCUGGCAACUGUGGCAAGAAACUCCACUCCUUCACUGGUAGAAGAUUUGUUUUUAACCCCAAAAGCCACAGCCGCCCUAGCUUACCCUUCUCCUGCAGCAGGUCAAAUGCCAAGCCUUGGUAUGACCAGCAUACUGGAUGACGGGCCAGAUUUCAAACUACUACGAUGCCUUUCCCCCCUUGAAUCAGAUAAGGGAGACAGUGAUGUUCCUACACAAGAAAUAUCACACAGGCAGGACCUAGAAACGCAAAACCUUCCCUUGUGGCUUUCUGAGUCACCACUGAAAUUGGACUUCCCUCUAAGCUCGAUGAUUGAUUCCUCCUACCCACAUCCACAACCUGACCUCAUCGCCUGCCAAAAUCGAUCGUGCUCUGACCUUUCAGAAAAUCAAGAAUUGAACACUUCCUUUUUACAAGAUGAUUUAAUGAGUGGGAGUAGUUCAAACACCAUUCAGCAUGAUGUGAAGGAUGCUAGUGAGCACCCAAAGCAGAGAAGGACGAGAAGACAGAGGAUUGCAACUCACAAGUCAAAAGUGAAUGGGGAUACAGAGUGUCAAAACCUAGAGAAUCAGGAUCAAGUUCAACCCCACAGUGAAAAGGUUAAGCCAUCAACUUCUAAUGCACGCCGAGUGAGUACCCGAAUUAUCAAUGCAAACAGAAAAGUAGCUGCAGGUGUGAAGAGAAAAAGAGACAUUUCUUCACCUCUCAGUAAGAAAAUGCCUCGUACCGUCAAUAAAAAAUAUGAAGAUGUUUUACCUAAACCAAAAGACACGGGUAUUGUGAAACGUGGUCGUGGCAGACCCCCAGGAUCCAAAAAUACUUCCGUAGAUCCCCAAAAAUACUUGUGCAACAAUGCAGAGAAAUUGCCCACUUCAGGACAAGAUUAUUGUGAAGUGAAAAAAACUACGACGGACAGUGAGAUUGAACAGGGUAAUAAGCAAGAACCAAAUACACAGCAGGAGAAAGACUCAACAGAAAUGGAAGAAGCAGAUGUUAACAGCAAUUUGGCACAGACAACCCCAAAUUCUCACUUAAAAUAUGCUGUUCAGGCGAAGGGACCAAGUAUCCUUGAUCAAAUUUUCCAUCAGACUCUUCCAACUGUUGAAAGCCUCGCUUGUAGGAGUUCUCCGAAUAUUGAUCAGCAGCUAACAUCAAGUUUGCGAGACACGUCUUUUCGCCUUCAAAAAUUCCGAGGAGAGAAAAGUGAAGAUGAGAAUAGUAAAUUAGUGAUGAAUAGCAGUGAACUGAUCGAAAAGGGCAUUUGUGGUAAGAAAAAAGCAGAGACUUCUAUGCUGAGAAACGAGAAGGAAGAUAUGGAGGUAUCUGACAACCAAGUAGGGUCACCGUUGUCAUGUGGAGACAUGCCAGAAAACGUAAAAUAUUCGGUUAAAGAUGGAGAAACGGCAACUGAGGUUACAGCCACUGUGUUACAGAAUAGUGAUUCCCAAAAUGAGAUGGGAAAAGACAUUUGGGACCAAAUGACUGAGGUUUCUGUCCCGUUAACAGCUGAGGAGGAUAUAAUGAAGGAAAUUAUGAUGCCGGCUGAUGAUAUUGAUGGUGCUGAUCAUGCAAUGUCACCUACAAAGAAAGACUGUGUUGUUUCUUCCAACGAACUAACAGUGAUCGAGGGAAUAGAAAGGAAUUUCUGUAUGAAUCCUGAUAGUACACCAGAUGAACAAAACUCUGAAGCUACAGUUUCAAAUGAGUGUUCAUUUGAGUUGACAUCAGACAUGGACAAAGACGUUCAGGCAGCACAUGGUGUUAACACCCAGGAGGAUAGCUGGGUGGCCGACUGUUUAGAGAAAGAGGAGGAUUCAGGUAGGAGCAAAGAGGUUCAGAUGAUUGAAGAAACUAUGGAAGGAGAAGAAACUGAAUUUCUGAGGGCAAAUGAAUUUGUAGAGGAAAAUGCUUUGCUUGCUUCAGAAGAUGGGUGUGGGGAAACCACCAAUGGAUUGGAUGAUGAUGAAAUUGAUGUGGAGGGGGACCAAUACAGUGUUGAGAUGAUUGAUGGACGGACCCUUCUGGAGGAAGAUGAAUUGAGUAAAGGACAAAUUGCAAGUGCUAAGACUGCAGAUGAUGCAUCAAACAGAGCUCUGAAACUUAGAAACACACAGGAAAUAAUAGGCAGAGAUGCUCCUUCUGUCCAGACUGAAGUAUCCCUUCACAGCCCCAAAGUGUGCAGUGAAGGUAUCUUAACGGUGAUGUCCAAUUCAGAAUCAGGAGAUGACUGCCACUUAGAUGAAGACGAUAUUGAAGUAGAUGUUGUAGAGGAGUCUGUAGAAGAUCUAUUAGGGCUUUUGGCAGCCAGACAGGUUGUCACACUGCCUACUGAGGGUCUAAUGGACCAAGAGGAUGAGUUGGAUGCCACUGAAGAGGAGGAGGUAGAUGUCACUGGAGAAGAGACAGAAUGAUUUUUUAUGUUCAUGUUAAGAAUACAUGUUUAGCAUUUUGAAGCCAAUAGCAGAUGUUUGAGCCAAGUUCUUAACCAAAGGUUUAAUAUAUCAAAUGGUGAGAAUAAUUCUCUUUUUUUUUGUCAAUUUGAUCUUACUUAUGUGAAUUAGCCUAUCAAUUCAUUCAAUUUAUUUUUGAUUGUU